GCAAAUAGAUUGUAACUGGUUGGUGUCUUGAUUAAUUGAUUUGAACAAAAAAGAAAAAGAAAAAGAAAAGGUCUUUCGAUUUCUGGUUUUUCCGUGUUGGGUUAGAAAAGAAUCUGACGGAGAGACCACAAUCAACCCAGCCCAGUCCACACGGGCGGCGGCUCGCCGGCCUUGCCUACAUGUUUCUCUUCUCCCAUUCUUGAUUCUCCGGUAUUUCCCUCCUUCAAAAAAACCCUAGAGAGCAACCAAAUUUGAAUACACAACGUAGAGGGGGUGAGAGACAGAAAUCUACAUAGUCCUCUGUCUUGGAUUGCAUAAAUGGUGGAUUCAUUCUGAUGAAUCGGAUUGAUCCUCUGAAUAGAUAUGGCAUCCGAGAUUGAGGUCGUUGAUGAAGGCGAAUGCCAGACGGUUGCGAACAGUGGAAUUUCCACGGGGACGAUAGGUAUAGUUGCAGGCGACGAGAGUAUUCGGAACGAUGUGUAUACUGCCGCGGCAUAUGGUGAUUUGGAGAAGUUGCAGAGGUUGGUGGAGAGCAAAGGGUGUUCAGUAUCUGAGCCGGAUGGGAGUGGGUAUUAUGCGUUGCAGUGGGCAGCUUUGAACAAUAGAACCGCCGCCGCUCAGUAUAUUAUCGAGCAUGGAGGAGAUGUCAAUGCAACCGACCACACUGGGCAAACAGCUCUGCACUGGAGUGCUGUGAGGGGAGCAAUCCAGGCUGCCGAGCUAUUACUCCAGGAGGGUGCUCGUGUAGAUACUACUGAUUCAUAUGGUUACCAGACAACUCAUGUUGCAGCACAAUAUGGUCAAACAGCUUUCCUUUAUCAUAUUGUUAUGAAAUGGAAUGCUGAUCGUGAUGUACCUGAUAAUGAUGGAAGAAGUCCUCUACACUGGGCUGCCUACAAAGGUUUUGCUGAUUGUAUACGGCUUCUUCUAUUUCUGGAUGCGUAUAGGGCACGGCAGGAUAAGGAGGGUUGUACCCCCCUGCAUUGGGCUGCUAUUCGAGGGAACCUAGAGGCGUGCACAGUACUAGUGCAGGCAGGGAAGAAAGAAGACUUGAUGGUGACUGAUAAAACUGGCUUUACGCCAGCACAACUUGCUUCUGAUAAGAAUCACAGACAAGUUGCUUUUUUUCUUGGGAAUGCCAGAAGGUUGUUUGAUAAACGCUGUGAUGGAAACAGCCGCCUGGGGAAAUUUGCAAAGCUAGGGGUUGCACCUGUACUUUGGUGUAUAAUCCUUAUGUUGCUAGUGACCUAUAUUCAUUCAGUCAUCAUGGCAACAAACCUGCCGAAGUUAACAGCUGGAUUUGGGCUUUUUGCAUGGUUGGGUGUUUUUCUUGCAAGUGCUGGUCUAGUGAUGCUCUACAGGUGUACCAGGAAGGAUCCAGGUUAUGUCAGAAUGAAUAUACAUGAUUCCCAGAAUCUGAAAGAUGAUGAACCUUUAUUGAAGAUUGAGCUUGGUCAUCCUGCUUUGCUUGCUGGGAAUUGGUCUCAGCUCUGUGCGACAUGCAAGAUUGUCAGGCCUAUUCGUUCAAAACACUGUUCCACCUGUGAUCGUUGUGUUGAACAAUUUGAUCAUCACUGCCCUGUGGUUUCUAAUUGCAUUGGCAAGAAAAAUAAAUGGGAUUUCUUCAUGUUUCUUGCUCUAGAAGUAUCUGCAAUGGUGAUUACUGGUGUAGUCGCUUUUACAAGAGUCUUGAAGGAUCCGAUGGCUCCAUCUUCUUUUGGAGCAUGGAUUAGUCAUGCUGGCAGUCGCCAUAUUGGGAUCUUGUCUUUUUUGAUUGUGGACUUCCUCCUCUUCUUUGGUGUUGCAAUCUUGACUGUUGUACAGGCUUCACAGAUAUCCCGAAACAUUACAACAAAUGAAAUGGCAAAUGCUAUGCGUUAUAGCUACCUAAGAGGGCCCAGUGGUCGGUUCAGAAAUCCCUAUGAUCAUGGCAUCCGGAAGAACUGUUCAGAUUUCUUGAUCAACGGCUACAAUGAGGAUGUGGAAUUCAUGGAAGGACCCAGCCGUUCUGAUGAGAUUGGAAUGAUGCAGAUAUCUAGGAAUUCAAACUUGCAAAAUGGGGAGGUACAUUCUCACCAUACCAACAUCAAUGGCCACGUAUCUGUUGAUGUAGAUUCUAACAAUUCAAAGGCACAUUUUGGCCACACUCACAACUCCCAGUGCAACCAUAACAACCAUGGGAAGGCCAAUGGUGUCCCCAUAGGGUUGGGUAUCGGUCUAGGACGGAACAAUGGCCGUUCUGUUGUAGUCUCAUGAUCUCUCCCAUUCUGCUAGAAAGUAAAAAAUGUAGUCAAUUUAGUUGUUAGUGUUCAUAUCCACACACCUGGUUAGUUUUUAGUCCAAAAAAGAAAAAAAAAAAAAAUUUGUGGUUUUCUGCCCGGAAAUUUUCAAAUUUUGUUUCUUUAUUGUUUUGUAUUAUUUGAAGUGAAAAAGCAUUAACCUUGAACAGGGAAGUGGAAAGCUUUGGUUUCAGGUGCAGUUAUAUAAGUCGCACUAGAAUCAAAUUUUAUAAAUGAACCUAUUGAGAUUAGCCUAAAGCA